GUAUGCAGUACCAGCGCCCAUGCGGUUAAUUAUAGAAGCCCAAUUAGCAUGUGUUUUUUGGGACCGUAUUUUGAGUAUGCCGAUUCGUCUCCUUAUCUCUAGUCUUUAUAAUUUUAAUAUAUGCUCGAAGUGCAUAACAGGCUGGGGGGUGCUAUUUGUAGUACAAAACUUGAAGAGUUAUUAGGAGAUAUUGAACAAUUUGAUUUAAACAAUAAACGUAAUGAAUAUCUAAGAAUUAACUCUCGUUUAGCUCAUGUACAUAGAAGGUUAGAAUUUAUUUUUCCUCCUGAUAAACUAGUUAAAGAUAAAGAACAUCUUAUGGAUUUGUCUAAAGACUUAGUAUAUAAUAUAGAGCAAAUUAAUGCACCUAAAACGGUUGAUAUAGUUAAUGAUGAUGUAUCAAAUUCAUCAAUACUAGAUAUACCUGUUAAUGAACUUUCAGAAUUUUUAGAUAAUAUCGAUGUUAAUAAGGACAAAGGAGGUUCAACACCUAAACAAAACGUUGAUUUUUAAAGUUUUCUGGAUUUCUGCUUUAAAUUAUCGUACAAUUGAACUGACUAAUUGUGUGUUUAAGUAAAGGUAUAUCUCUUUUUUGUUAUAACAGUCUUUGUAUAUUGUUCUAACUUUUUAGAUAAUCAG